ACUGUUAUACGUGGAUUUGGUAUAAAUAGAACAUUUAUGUCGGGCAAUGUGUUAGAGAUUAAAAUGGCCGACAGAAUAUUAUUUUUCUUCCUCGCAACGUUAGUUUUUGAGACUAACGCCCAAAUAUGCGGAUGUGGAGGUCCAGGACCGUUGUGCCCAGGACCCAUAGUACCUCAACUAGCUCCAGCCAUGCCGUGCAUGGGCCCAAUGGUGGGUCCCCAACCAAUCAUCACUGAGCCUUACUUUCCCGGUCCACCCAUAAUUCCACAACAAGUUAUUGCAACCCCGCAACCAUUAUGUGCAACCCCGCAACCAUUAUGUGCAGCACCGCCACCAUUAUGUGCAGGACCGCAACCAUACAUUGCAGCACCACAACCAAUAAUUGCAGCUCCGCCUUGUAUAGUACAACCUUACCCGAACGUGGUUGCCGCAACUGUAGUCGACAACACGCUGUCGAAUUCCUUAGCGAAUGCUAUACAGCUACUUAUAGUCAGCAACCUAAUUGAAAACACGCUUAAUUCUGGACUAUACCCGGGCGGUAUUGUAAACUUGUGUGACUCAGUUAUAAAUCCCGGACCGUGUGUUGAUUUCACAGAAAUAAUACCAGUCGCCCAAAGCAUUGUACCAACAUGUGUGUGUGAAUCUCCAAUAUUGGAAACCGUUGGGCCAAUAUAUGGUUGUGAUAUGCCAGUAUAUGCAAAUUAUGCUAUACCAGAACCUAUCCAGCCAAUUUAUAACCCAGUUGUGCCCACGAUGGCUCCGGUUGCUGCAGAGGUAUUGUUUCCUUCGGCAAUACCCGCACAGCUAACUUGUAAUUUUGGCUACAUGAACACUAAUGUACCGUGUGUGAGUGUUAAUGUGGAACCAUUACCAAGUUUCGAUAGUUGUAAUCCCUACUUUAAUAAUGGGUACUUUUAUUAAGUGAUAUAUUGUAAGGUUUUUUACUUCUGAAAUAAAUACUCUUAAAAUUUUG